CAAAGUGCAGAUCUUCUUCACCGUUCUGCCUAGGCAAUUUCAGGAAAAAUGGAUAUGUCAGAGAUAGCCAAGAAGCUCGGACUAUCAGAUUCCAAACUCGCUGUGCGAAAAGCGUUGGAACUCCGUCGCCUAUGCGACGUUCAGUUCAAUUCCUCUGUCAUUGGAGUUGGGGAAGUUUGUAAAGCUAUAAUUUGCUUGGAAAUUGCCGCCGCAAGGAUGGGACUCUUGUUCGAUCGAUCGAGUGCCGUCAGGCUAAGUGGGAUGUCAGAAAAGGCAUAUAUCAGAUCGUACAAUUUGUUGCACAAUGGUCUUGGAGUCAAGACAAAGCUUGAUGUCAGAGAAUUAGCUAUUCAAUUUGGAUGUGUCAGAAUUAUUUCAUAUGUUCGAGAUGGUUUGAAUCAUUACAAGGAACGUUUUCUGUCAUCAUUGCCUACUUCUCGACGUGCAAGUGCUGACUUCACUCGUCCUGUAUUCACUGCUGUUGCUUUUUAUUUAUGUGCGAAGAAACAUAAGCUCAAAGUAGACAAGCUUAAAUUAAUAGAACAAUGUGGUACAUCAGAAUCCGAAUUUUCCAGUGUUUCUACUUCCAUGAAGGACUUAUGCCAUGACAUUUUUGGAGUUGCCAAAGAAAAGAAGGAUCCAAGAGAAGUGAAAACAAAUCGAGACUUAUUGGAUGCUUUGCCAGAAAAAAGGAGAACUGAAGAUGGUGGUUAUUUGUCUGAUGAAGGACCAAAUCUUUCAAGUUAUAAAAAACGCAAACAAAUGGAAAAGCAUGAAUAUGAGAAGUGGAAGUCUUCAGUGCUUGCAUCCAAGGAUCAAAACAAAGCAGAAGUUGCUCGCAAGCGAUGCAGGCAGACUCGUCUCAAUUUUGCCAAGGAAGUUCCCAACACUGACAAGGUGGAGGCUGUGUUAGAUGCCUUGGAUUCAUUUUCAUAGAAAAUGAGCUUGAUGAGAUUUGAUGCGUCAUUGAAUGCCAAGAGAUUGAUGAAGAUGGAAUUUCUGGGCAAAAGAAGGAUAUGAAUAGUUUGAUGGACAUCCUACUUCACCUUCAUCUUCAAGUUAUUGUUUGACAUUAAAAAGGCAUUAAUUCAUAAAAACAAUUCUGUACAGACUGCCUUCCUUUCAAAAGGUUUUGGCUGCAAAAUGUCGCUGGUACCAUAUGAAGGCAACUAUGUGAAUAUCCAAUUUUUGUUACUUUUUUGGCCAAUUUUUUUAACUAUAUUA